CCACGUGUUUUAUUAAUCUGCAUGCCGUCUGUCCUCUAAAAGUCAAGCACAAUCGCUACCUGUUGGUGCGACACAUGGGCGCUUCGUCUGCCGCCGCAGGAGUCGGAGUCGGACGCGGAGUCGGAAGAGGUGGGCACCGAACGGAUCAAUGUCGGUCGCAUCGCUGGGCACUAAAUCCAAAGUCCCUAUUGCCUGAUUCACCUAUCCGCACUCAGUCACACCGGCCCCAGCACUUCAGUACCUUUGGGCAAGAGGACUGACCAGGAUCUGGACAUGGGCGAAGGGUCUCGUGGUUUAGGCUUGCCCCUCGUUAUGGCCACCCCACCCGAUUCCUAACUCAAAGUCAGAAGCCUUCUCAGAUGACAGCCGCUUCAAGGUCGUUGUGCAUCGACAAAACUCGAUAAAAUCCUCCAAACAUGUUAAUGAUCUUUCUUCAUAUCCCUCUCAGUUCAUCGUUUCAGUCCCGUUGCCUUCUAAGUUUUGGUAUCGAGAGCCAGUCCUCACACUGCGGGUUGCGACACCGAAAAGAUCUCGCAACUCGAUGCAAGCUAUUCGGUCUCUCUCCUUCGAUAAGGUGAAUUUGACAUUGCCGUCAAGUUGACGUCUGCUCCGGCCCAAGAUCAAGCCCGGGGCAAUCCAUUUCGCCUCGCGAUGAUUCAUAUUCCCAGCAAGUGUAACGAGGCGUGGCUCAUCCGAAACCCGUAGCGCCAGUUGAGCUUCCCUCGUCCCCACCCCGCUCGCAGAUGCCAAAGAUACAACAAUCAGACAGCACAGGAUGGGCCGCCGUGUCGUGAUGUCUUCGGAUGGAGGAUAGGUGCACCCAGGCCUGCGGAGUCAUUUGAUUCUCGUGUCUGUCCUCGCCCUUCGCCCUUCACCCCUUGACCCCGCCUCGGUCUUCGUAUCCAUUCUCGUAUCUGGCCGUCACCUUCAUCCCACCAGCUUCACUCAAGUGCUCGAAGACUCACAUGUAUCAUGGAAGUUCAACCCCACCAUGCCAUGAAUGGAAACCUUGUGGCCAUGGAGAGUCAGCCAACUGCUGGGCCUACUGGGAAGUAGAGCCAGUACGUGUCUAGCCUAGCGAUGUUUCGUCCAUCCGGGCCUCUUGCAAAUCCCUCACGGGCUCCGAGCAUGUGGUUGAGCUCCAGAUCCGGACAUAUAUAUGUUGGUAGCUGGACGACUGUCGCUCUGUAGACGCGUUACCCAGUAUACAUUUGGUGUGAUGGCCGGUGCUAUUCCAGUCGGUCGAACCGCGUUGCCUCAACGAUUUGGAUACACAUAAAUGCAGAAUACCAUCUGAGGCAAUUUUCCCACGACGGAGAAACAAUAUAUUGCCCCUUACUCAGCGCAGUAUGGGUUUUCGGCGUCUGGCGGUAAUUGCCGUUCUUGGUGACGGUACGUAUCUCACCGUAAAAUGUCGAGGACAUUGCUGGAAACAAACACCGCGAUGCAAAGUCAGCAAUCCUUCGUCAUCUUCAACCACUACUGUCUGCAGUUGGCCGCCCCGAACGCAGCCCUACCGGCUAGAAACACCCACAGAAGCGAUACAUACAGAGCGGAUCUUCUGCAUUAGACUUAACCCCUUCAUCAUCGGCUUAACUCCAACUCACUGUACAAACAAUUACCGAGACAGCAUCCAAAGGUGCUCUGCCAGCUUACGGACCUCAAACGGGGAAACGCCCGUCAUGGCCCCCGACUGGAAGCUGUUUUACCUUUAUGGAGGCGACAACCCCUGGGAUUCAAGUCUCUGGACCGAUUCCGACGACCGAGUGCGUGGCGGCAAAAGUCAGUCCCACUUACACUGCGAGUCACCCGAAACGGCCAAAUUCUUCGGCAACUUAGACAUCACGGCCCUGGGAGGAGCCGGCUUUGCAUCCCAGAGAACACUCGGCACGCUCCACCUUGACCUGAGCCAAUAUGAUGGGCUUGUCCUCAAGGUUCUGCAGAGUGACUCCAAAAAGUACACCCUCACUAUCAAAGACGAGAUUCUCCCUCCAAGAGAGGAUGGCCGUGACCAAAGCACCAUUAGCUGGGAGUAUGAUUUCGUCUCUAGUACUGGCGAGGUAAAGAUCUCAUGGGAUGACUUCAAGCCCACCUACAGAGGCAGGCCCAAGCCCGACGCCGAACCUCUGGAUGUUUCUAACAUCAAGAGAAUCAGUUUCAUGAUGCGAAGCUUCUUCGGCACUCAAGAGGGUGAUUUCAGCCUGACUGUUGCGUAUCUGGCCGCCUUCAGCAACCGGCCCACAUCAUCCAACUCCGACGUGGCGUUCGAGAAGGAUUGCACUGAUGGACCUUCCCAUGCACCGGGUCAAUACUCUCGGUCGUCGUGGCUGAAUUGGAUUUGCGGAUGGGUUAGGUGACGCUGAUAUCUAGAUAUAUAAAGGAGCCUGAGAAACAGGGAACGACCCCCACUCCCCUUUUUCCUAUUGCUUUCUUCUCCUACUUCCUUCUCUUCUUUUGUUUUUAGUUUUGUUUUUGGAAUACGUGUGUGUGUGUGUGUGUGUGCUAGAGGGAAGGAUUAUAGUGAGAUGAAAAAAAUAAUCACAAUUGGCUAGGGAGCGACCAUAUGACUGAAUAUUUCUAUCUUUUAAUACGGCAACGU